AUGUUUGAAGAUUUAAAUGGGAUACUUAAAAGUAGAAAAGAAAGAUUAGAGGAUCUAAUAAAUAAGUUAAGAAAGGAUAAGAUAGAGAUUGAUAAAGAAUUAGCUACUAACUGUUUAAUUCAUAUUGAAUUAGCUAACAAUCCAACGAAAUUAACUAAUCCAGAAAGUAUCAGUGUUGAUGUUGACGUUAUAAUUAAUGAUUUUAAUUGUGAAGCAUCUAUAAUUGAUGAUAAUACAAAUCAAAUGUGUUAUUUAACUCAAGCACCAAUAAAAAUUAAAUUUAUUUCUAAUUGUGGACAUACUUUUGAAGAAUCGGCUAUUAAAGACUAUAUGAAACACGGAAAUAAAAAUUGUCCUGUUAUUGGGUGUAAUAGAAUAUUAAAGAAAAAAGAAUAA